AUGAGAGGCAUUUCGGCAGAGGCGCUAAUUGCCGUCGAGUGGUUGUUCAUCACCAUUGCGUUAUGCCUCAUCAUCGCGCGGAUCAACCUGCGAAUAUUCCACCUCAAAGCGGGCUUCGUGCUCAGCGAUGCCUUCAUCGCCGCGGCCUUCGCCGCCGGCGUCUCCCUGAACGCCGUCGACAUCACGCUGUACCUCCGCGGCGUCUACGAGCCGGACAUCGACUUCAAGAUGACCAACUGGGUGGCCACGGAAGCGGAGUCGGUCUACGUUUACAGGACGCUCUACUUCCUGUACUUCCCAUUUUACUUUGAGCAAUACUUCAACAAGGGCACCCUCCUCGCUCUGUACUACGAAAUAUUCGGCAGAGGCUCUACCAAGAUCAGGGCCUCGCUGUUAUGCCUCGUGGCUUACUGUGCUGCCGGCUUCAUCACGACCAUGUGCAUGAUUUUAUUCUACUGCAAGUGGGGUUGCUACUGGUACUCUCUGUCCCCCUAUUCUCUCCGUGUUUCGUUGGCCCUUCGGUGUUGGGUAGUCAACGAUAACCUCGGCUGGGCUCUCCACUUCAGCUCCGACGUCUUCAUCUUCAUCCUCCCGCUCGUCUAUAUCAGCAAGCUGAACAUGUCGAAAGCGCAGAAGAUCAGUGCCAGCGUCACCUUCAGCAUCGGCCUAGUCAACAUCCUCAUCACCCUCUCGAGGUGGUUCAUAGUCCAAGCCGUCUUCACCGAAGUGCCAGCCCUCAACACAGGCCAGUUACUGGCAGUCUUGGACGGUCACAUAGGCUUGAUCGUCAGCAUACUGCCAUCCCUCCGCCCCUAUCUCCGCCUUUGGCAGAAUGUAAAUGACUCUCGGCCAGCCAAGAGCAACGCCACAUCCGAGGGCCUCACCACAGGGAAAGAAGAAACCCUCUCCACAUCCCGCGUAACAUCCUCCUCGCAUGAUUCGAACAAAAAGGCCGAAGAGGUGAGCCGCGUAUAG